GCGAGCGGCAGCGUGCCGGCCGCUGAAGCAAGCAAAGUAUGCAGUCGGUGCCGUGUUCGUGUUGACUGAGCGUGCACUCGGCACAAGCUCCCGAGCCAGCCAGAGUCUCGCAUUCUCGGAUUCGCUCUCCAGCCCAGAGAAAUGGUUGCCGAGUCAGGAGCGACGAGCAUCGCAUCGUCACCAGGGUAGACUAACUCCAGCCACCACCAGGGAUGAGCAGCCUGUGUGCCGCGUGGCUCGCCCUCCUCACAACCUUCGCCGCCAUCGCAGCAUGUUACGAGCUGCGCUACCCUGGCGAGAUCACGGCGCUAGGCAACGACCUGCGCGUCGAGCUGUUCAACGUGACCUGGUCGGCGGUGGGUGGCAACGAUAGCGACUCAUCCGGCGACCUGGGCGUGCCGCGGGACUGGGUCGAGCUGCUGAGCAGCGAAAAUGCGACCAAGCCGCGCGCCCAGGUCAAGGUGAGUCUGCACCAGGGCCACGGCGCGCCGAUCUACUUCCCGUGCAAGCUCUUCUGGCACGGCGGCACCUACUUCCUCAGGUACAACAACGGCUCCAACAUGGCGCCCAUCACCGUCCGAUGGUACAACGUCACACUGCUCAAUGUCACCAAAGAAUUGCUGCACACGUUUCAGUCGUCGGUGCGCUUCCAAGUGAAGUUGUCGUGGCUGACGUGCCCUCAGGCGGCGUCGGUGCUGAGCGAGCACAAGGAGGACGGCGUCAACUCGACGCACCUGCAGCUGCAGCUGGUCUUCUGCGGACACUCGACCGACGGCUGCACGCCCGGCAGCAACUGGUCCAUGGUGCUACACUCGGAGCCGGUGUGGCUGGACGUGACGGCGCCGCUCGACGUCCAUCUUCCCUGUGAGCUUUUUGGACAGGCCGGUCGCUACCUAAUUUGGAUCUUGGCCGUUGGCGAGGGCCUGCCAAAGGAAGGGACGCUUCUGGUGCAGUCGCAUGCACUUCACGUCGAGUGGAGCGACAAGUUCGUCUUCAACGUGUUCGCCAGGAGCAUUUUUCCUUGCGACCUGCUGCCUUCCGCGUCGAUAGCCGGUGGAGGUAACCGCGGCGACCGGAACAUCACGGUUCUGUUCACGUACCCUGAGUGCAUCCUGGCGAACGCGGACCGGGUGCGCGUGUACGCGCGCAAGGAAACUGCCGCAGCAUCCGUGGAGCCGAGCGGCCUGAUGUACGUGGCGGAGCAACGCGUGACCAAAGGGCAGCACAGCGCCUCGUUCCCCUGCUCGCUGUUCACCGAGAAUUACCUCGAGUACUGCUUCGUGUACGUGAGCGGCGCCAAGAGCGGCGCUGCCAGUGACGUGCGGGUCGACUGCGUGCCCACUCUGCCCGUCGGCGAUUCGGCUGCUGGUGCGUGGGGAAGCUGGAGUUCGUGGACCACCUGUUCCUCCACUUGUGGUUACGGCGUGCGGAACAGAUACCGCUUCUGCGACUCGCCGCCCCCGAGGUACGGAGCAAAGUUUUGCGAGGGAAAGUCCUUAGAAUCCGAGCAGUGUCGCAACCUGUCCGCCUGCCCUGACGGCUCCGGCUGGGCGAUGAUGGGCCCUGGGGCGGUGCUGCCCGCGGAGGAGGAGCAGGUGCAGGCGGAGGUCGGUCCUGGCUGCAGGUGCGGCUGCGUGGUGCACCUGAACGCGGCGAAGCAGCGGCGACUGCUGGCCACCUCGUCGCAGAGCUGUCCGGGCCGCACCUUCUGGUUGGUGCACGCCGACGACGAGGGCCACGCCGUCGAGCUGCAGGUCGAGCACUUCCGGCUCGCGUGCCGCAAGCAGUGGCUCAGGGUGCGCGACGGCGACUCGCUCGCCGCCACCCUGAUCGCCGACCUGACCGCCGACACGCUGUCCACGCGGCCCGUCAAGGCGCUCGCCACCGGACGCUCCAUGCUGCUUGAAUUUUACUCCGAACCAGACACCAGGGACGGCGCCAACGAGUGCAAGGGCGGCUUCUUGGCACACGCCCAGCAGCUAGCUGUUGGAGUGCAGAACGCGAGCGUGCAGCCGCUGCUGUCGGGCGUGAGCGCCGUGGACGCUGAGCCGGAGUUGGAGGUGCCGCUGCGGACGGCGACGCACCUGGCGGCCGUCGGCUUCAUGGCGAUGGUCGUGCUGCUCUCGUGUCUGCUUUUGCUGCAGUACGUGGUGCGUUACCACAAGUACCAACGCACCGCCGGCGCCGAACCCAUCUCGCCGUGCCACAGCCUCGGCGGAAGCGUCGGCAGCAGGUUCACGUCCAACACGACGCUGUCUGAAAUCAUCUCGCUGCGGCACUUUGGCGGCGGCAGACGCAGCGGCAAGCACGAGAGACUCAAGGAGGAAAAAGUGGCCAGCGAGAUAAAGGCGCCGAAAGCGGCUUUGGAGGAGGAUGACGAGGUGGCCGGGUCCGUCGAGUCGCUGCCGGAAAAGUACGACGAGGACAGCAGGGAGAAGGAGCACGAGCACGAAAUUUCGGACUCAGAGCGAAAGCCGCUGACGCCCAAAGUGAACAGGAAACAGCACUUUUCGCCCGGAAAGAGACGCAAAGCGAGGCAAAAAAUUAGGUUGCAAAAGGCGAGCAUCAGUCCUGUGAAGGAAGACUCGACGGUGAAAAGCGAGUCGAGCGAAUGCGUGCAGCAGCAUACGGCGGCGCCGCCGGUGGCCAAGGCGAACAAGGAGAAGCAGAACCGGGCCAAGUGCCUUCUGCAGAAGGUGCUGCCGUCGCACCAGCGGGUGCUGCAGACCGGCGGCUCCGAGUACUCGCUGACGGGCACCGAGAGCGAGAUGGAGAUGGACUACUACGACUACAACGUGCAGAACGCGAGCGCCGUGCCGGGCUCGUACCUCGGCAUGGACCCGGCCUACCUCGUGUGGAUCCCGCCGGCCACGCCCACCGACUCGGUGGACGCCGAUGACGACGACGAGCGGGUCGUCUUCGAGUGCGCCGACAACCGGACGCGCGGCGAGAUGCUCAAGCUGCAGACGCUCGCCGGCGAGCAGGACCUCGACGACGAGAUCAAGUUCGCCGAUGACGAUGAGGACGAGGCGUGACUGUGAUUUCUUCCCGCCCGCUUUUGCUCGCAAGGAAAUUCUCCUCAGGAUUCGACGGAAUAAAAUUUUUGAUUUGACGGAGUUUGCUCUGAAGGUCCUAAAUCCUUUCACGGAAAUCGAAUUCACAAUUUGCUUACAAUUAGUGUUUGAUGGCGCCACUGUAUUACUACUUUCUAUUUUCGGGCACUUCCGGUGGGAUUUAGGACUCUUAAGAUGUGCUGGAAACCACAAUCAGUUAAGCCAAUCGCCGUAGAAACGUAAAAAAUAAUUUUAUGAUACAUUAAAGUCAUUUUCCAACGAUUUUACGGCAGUUGGCUGACUGAUUUUAGUUUCUUAAAACUUUCAAACGUUGCUAAAACCGUCAAAUCCAAAAAAAGACUCGAAUCCUUAAAGAGUUUCCUUGUUGGAAAACAUACUCUCUAAUCCACCACCAUUGAUUGCUGUGAAAAUGAUCUCAAGUCCCGGCUUUAUUUUUAUUUAGGGGAAAAAGGACCACUGUGUAUUGUUUUUUUCUUAAGUUUUGAAAUGAUGGACGAAUUUAACCCGAGUAUUGUUCGAUGCUGACUUUAUGAGAGGGACAAAAGUGUCAUAAUUGACGUCAUCACUUCUUUUGUCCUCAAAAGGCCCUUUGUUUGACUUUCAUUAUUGUUCGCCAGCAAGAAUGACGUCAUUGAUACUGUCCGAAUUUAUACAAAAGUUUGCACGUUGUAGUCCUCGAGACCGUAAAGAGCCGAACGCCUAU